CCCUGCAGGCAGACCGUUCAUGUUUCAGCUGUGAGUGCUGAAGCAAUUCUGAAAUCAUACACAACAGUGUUAUGUGGUUAUAAUUAAGAUCAGGAAUGUGCUCUGCUGAGGAAUCUAGAUCGAACUGAUUGGUUACUCUCGCAAGACUUUCUUUCAUGGACUGCUUUAUUCAGCAGAACUCUAGGCUGAUUUGUGAUCAGCUCACACUAGACUCGCUGAAGACUCCCUCUGCUCACAUCACACAUUGCUUUUAACUGCAGUGUAUAUACAUUUUAAAGCAGUGGUGUGCAAUACUGAGUCAAUUCAGAUGAACAGACUUCAACAUAUCAAGGACCAAAUUUUGUCAUCUGAAAAGAGCAUGGACCUCUUUUUCAAAUGUGAGAUGGAAUAAAUUAAAAAGGCACAAGUACAUGAACAUGGCUGGUACUCUGCUGAGCCCCCUUACGACACAUGUGCUGAAUACAGCGAAAGGAGUUCCUGGAGCCAACAUGACCAUCAGCCUUCAUCGCCUGGAUCCGGUCUCAUCGCUGUGGAUCCUUAUCACUACAGGGAUAACUAAUGUUGAUGGACGUUGUCCAGACUUAAUCACAAAAGAAAGCUUUAUUGCUGGUGUGUAUAAAAUGAAAUUUGAGACUGGAAAGUACUGGGAUGCCUUGGGUGAGAUGUGCUUCUAUCCAUAUGUAGAGGUUGUCUUCAGCAUCACUGAUCCGUCGCAGAAGUAUCACGUUCCUCUGCUUCUGAGCCGCUUCUCUUACAGUACAUACAGAGGGAGUUAGAUGUAUAUUUCAUGUAUCUUUCUUUAAAUAUGUACAAGUAUACAUACUGUAUAUGUCUGAACCUAUAUUAAACAAACAGUGCAGGAUAUGCCAGGACCGUUUUAACAUCUGUACAUCAGUAAUACAUUUUUGGUCACUGCAGAAACAAUCCGUUGGAUUUGAUUGCAUAAAAAAUAUACAAUUCUGAAACUAGCAUCACAUCAAUGAAAUAAAAACCUAUAAAAGUGA